ACGUUUGCAAAUUUAAUAUCUUCUACCUAGAAUGUCAGCACAAAAGAGAAAUACAAACGGAGAGAAGCAAUGUGACGUGGCCGCAUAUGUGAGCUCCGGUUCUACAACCAUGCUUCAAUAUUUACUGGAGAUUGAUAAGACAGCUACCAAAACGGUUGUUUCCUUUUUGUUGAAAUUCGCAUCAAUUAAAUCCUUAAGGGUUCAUUGUAAAUUUCUUGAGUAUUCAUGCGAUGGAAUCGUUUGGCUGGCGUCCUGGACUGCAUUUAUCUGGCUGGUCAAUUCGAAGAAUCUGUUUCAAAUGCAGUUAAAUAUGUUGAUUGGUCUGUUAUUGGACAUUGUUGUUGUUGCUUUACUAAAAGCAAUUGUAAGACGAAGGCGUCCUGCAGUACCCAAAGAUACAUAUACGAUUGGUCCGGAUAAAUUCAGCUUUCCAUCAGGGCAUGCAUCGAGAGCUUUUUAUUUACUUUUUUUCUUUACAAAAUUAUAUUCUAUACCGGUGGUAUUUUGGAUGCCUCUUACAGCAUGGGCUGUAAGCGUGACGCUUUCUCGACUUAUUUUGCAACGGCAUUAUCUUUUAGAUGUUCUUGCUGGAACAAUUAUCGGCAUUCUUGAAGCAAUUUUCCUUGGACUCAUUUGGAUCAGCGAAGAAUCUGCUUUAAGCAUUAUUGGAUUUGUAUCCGAAGACAAUGUACCCGGUGGGCCAGAGUAAUGCAGUAUAGAAAACAAAGAAAACGAUUAAUAUGUAUGAAAACAUGCGUGAUAUAUGUACAUAUAUAAAUAAAUAAAAUGACUCGACUUUUUUUUA